UUUUUCAACAGUUGAAAGUCCAAACCUGAAAGUGACGAAGAUCCCCAAGUUAAUUGAUGCACGACAUCCGAUUAUUCUGAUUUUCUGACACGACAUCUUAAGUAAAUUCAAUUUUUUUACGCAUAAAGAAAGAAAAUAAUAAUUAUAACAAUAUACAGUAAAUAUGUAAUUUAAAAAACGCAAUAAUUGGUUAAGAAACUUUCAUCACUGAUUAUCAAAAAAAAAAAGCCUUUAAAUUAUAAAUUAGAUAUGUGGCUUGAUAUAAAGGGCUACAUACAAGAAAGUGGCUUCUUUUACGAUAAAAAAAAAGAGAAAUCAAAAAAAAAAUAUAAUAUGUGAAAAGAAGAUAUUCUUUUUAAUUUUAAUAACGAUCUGAUUAAACAACAAGAUAAUUGAAGAAUUACAACAAGAAAACAAUCAUUAUGGCCACUCAUACAACCGCACGUAAACAACCAAAUUAUUUAGCAAUGACCUUUACAAUAUGUUUCGUGUGUUUUAUCAUUCUGAUUCAAUUUCCAUUAAUUUUUAUUACUCCAAUUCUUGAAUACAAGAAAAUCAUAUUAUUUAAAGAAUAUAAUUUACCAAUUAAUGAAAAUGUAGAAUAUUCUGUAGCAACAUCAUUAUGGAUAAUUGUUCCAAUUGUUUAUACAUAUAAAACAAUUGGUGAAUUAGGAGAUGUACCCAUUUUUUGUCCAUCUAAUUAUAAAUAUUCAUUUCCAAGACUUCAAUUCAUAUGUCAAAUACGAAUAUCAAAUAUAAUUUGUAUGUGGUUAAUGUUUAUUAGUACUAUACUUGCAACUUUUGCAAUGCAUAUUCCUGAAUCUAAAUAUAACGAAUGGUUUGGGUUUGGUAUUGAAGAUAACGAUUCAGAAAAAAGUGAAAAGGUGGAUAAAGAAUCGAAAAAUAUAAAAAAGUAACAAUAUGUAACAUAUAUUGUAUAUAUUAGAUAAUAAUAAAUUAAUAAUUGACAAUUUUAGAAGGCAGCGAUCAGUUCGGUUGUGGAGAUCACUUGGAGAUCCC